AUGGCUAAAGUAGAAUUAAGGCUGGCUGGUGGAUCUUUGAUCUCUGCCUUAUUCGUGGCGAAAUUGAGAAUGAAAGGAUCAUGUUAUCGUCAAUGGCUUGAUACAUAUCCAGAAGUUGGUAGAGGGCGUCUUCCUAGACGUUAUGUUGAUGAGCAAGAGUUACCUUAUGCACCUGGAGUGCAAGAUCAAGGGGAAGUUUCUAAUGCCGAGUUCAGAGAGGCAAUUAGGAUGUUGAGUCAAGCUGUAACUAAUCAAAUUGGUCAGCAAAGGGGAGCUCGACAGGAAGGAGCAAACACUUCUCAGAUUCAUGAAGAGUAUGAAGAAGAUGAUGGAGGUGCUAAUGAGCACGAUCAUGAUCAAGGUGGAGGGGCAGAUGAACAGGAUCAUGAUAACGAUAAAGGUGCUAAUCAGAACGAUCAAGAUAAAGAAGAUGAAAAUGGAGGGGCAGAUGAACAUGACCAUGAUAACGAUAGAGGUGCUAAUCAGAACGAUCAAGAUAAAGAAGAUGAAGAGUAUGUAGAAGAUGGCAGAGGUGCUAAUGAGCACGAUCAUGAUCAAGGUGGAGAGGAAGAUGAACAGGAUCAUGAUAACGAUGGAGGUGCUAAUGAGCACCAUCAUGAUCAAGGUGGAGGGGCAGAUGAACUUGACAACGAUGGAGGCAUUAAUGAACAUGAUGAUAAAGAUGAAGAUUGA